AUGUCCCUUCAAAGGCGUUUUGUCAGGACAGGUUUCUUCCGCAGCGAUUUUGAUUUCACUGACCCUGAUAAGGUUUUGUUUGCGGAACCGGCGGACGAGUGGCGUCACGCAGAUGGGGCGGGGGCUCUCACUGAAGCUGUACUAGAAAGGUGCAAUGUUGGCAUGGGCCUGUGCAUUCUUAAUAGAGAGCAUCUCGAUAGUGAAACUGUUUUUGGGCUGUAUAGACGCUUGCGAGACUUAGAAGUAAAUUCGCUAAAAAGAUUUUGUUGUCUCACAAGUAGAAGGAGAAGCAUUUUUUCUUCUGGUCUCUCGCAUUCCCAUAUUUUGGCCUUUGCCGAGGCCACGCAGACUUCCCGCAAAGGCGCGCUCCCUGCCUGUGCCUUAUGGCUCCUCCAGAACGCCUUCGAGUUGCAUGCAAUAGUGCAGUCGUACAGCAAGCCACUUGUGUGUCUUCUGAACGGACGAUCAGAGGGGGAUGGAGCGGCAAUUUGCUUGUUGGCCAACCGCAGCGCAGCGUACAAGCACUCAUCUUUUGUAUGCGACACAACGUCGAUGGGCUUCAUUCCCACCUUGGGUCUGAGCUUUGCUCUCGGCCGCCUGCGCGGCUCCUUGGGGGCAUUUUUGGCUCUUACAGGUCACGAGCUCAGAGCACAAGAUCUGGUAUGGUCAGGAUUGUGCAGAUAUUGGGUUUCUCCAGAAGCGCUGCAUUUCUUGGAGGUAACUGCAGAAAAGCAGCUAGAAGUAUCGGAGCAAGACGGGAAAGCUCUUCUUGAAGAACACUUUCUAGAUCCACCUGCCGACUACUCUCUUGACCAGUGGGAAGAAAUAAUCGACGACCAUUUUCACCAUUCGACGCUUGAAGAUGUUCUACAUGCCCUCGAUUCAACUGCCAGCGGCAUUAGCUCUCGACAAAAAUUGCCAUCGUGCCUCACACCCCAACGUGUUUCGACCUGGGCAAAGGCUGUGGCUUCUCGUAUUCGACAACGAUCCCCUUUGGCACAGAAGCUUACUUUGGAGCUUUUGCGAAGACAGAAACUGCUUCAACAGGAGAUACUUGAGGAUGCAAACAUAACGCCUCAUGAAUGGCGCAGCAUCAAAUCCAUGGAUGCAGUGCUCUCCAGCAACAUGCGGGAUGACAGCAUGAAACAAAUUCUUGAAGCUGUAGAUGAGCAGCUUCUCAUGCAGGCGCUCGAAAACGAGUUUCGAGUCGCAAUUCGCCUUAUUUGCAUCUAUAUUCGCCUCCCAGAUGGACUGACGGAUGCAGACGUCCCUCUUGAGCCAUUCUUUGAUCCUCUUCCUGCGCCUUCUGGCCCAUCUGGCACUGACGGUGUUUUGCCGUCUGAGAAGAUAUCUAUUUGCGCAGAUCCAUACGGACUGUUCACAAUUUCAGACUUUGUCGCUGAUGAGCGCACGCUCUUCCCUUUCUCUGCACAUCCUCUUGUAGGCCGCAUGACGCCAGGCGGUGCUGGAGCUGGGCUAAGCGAAAGACAACAGGCACGACUCAGUACCCGUUGGAGCUGGGAUAUUUUCAGGCAUGUAGCAAAGCAGGAAGGCUUUCAACUAAAGUGA